AUGUCGGGGUCCGGCGAGAUGCCGCCGGCAGCCCGCCAGAGCCGCCGCCGGCGCGCCAUCAUCUGCGCCAGCUUUGCCGUGCUCGUCCUGCUCCUCCUGGCUGCCGUGGCCGCCAUCGUCCUGCUGGCGGUCCUCCGCCCGCGGGACCCGACCACGGAGCUCCUCUCCGCGAACGCCACCGGCGCCGCCCCGCGCGUGACGUUCCCCACCGUCUCCGUCCAGCUCAACGUCACCUUCCUCCUCGUGGUGCGCCUGCGCAACCCGAACCCGGCCUCGUUCCGCUACGGUGAGGCCGCCACGACGCUCCUCUACCGGGGCGCACCCGUGGGCAGCGCCGUCGUCCCGGCCGGCACCGUGCCGAGCCGCGGCGCGACGACCAUGCGGCUGGGCAUGACGGUGCAGGCCGACAAGGUGGUGGCGGCCGCCGGGAUCGGGGGCCUGCUCGGCGACGUGCUCGCCGGGGAGAUGGAGUUCGAGGCGAGGACGGACGUGAAGGGCCGGGUGACGUUCCUCGGGUUCGUGAAGCGGAACGCCCAGGGGAGGUCGGCGUGCCGCAUCGCCAUCGGCGUCCCCGACGUCAAGGUCCGGCGCCAGGAGUGCCACAACGAGGCCAGGCUGUGA